CAUUUUCGAUAUCUUGCUAGUAAUAGAAGGUCACACGCGUGCUUUUGAACGAAGGAGCUGCUAAGGAAGAAAUACUCAGCAGUGAAUAACUUUAUACAGAUAGCCAGAACAUUAUAAGCAAGAAUUUAUGCUAAUAUGCAUUCACAUUCACUCGUUUGAAAUGUGGCAUUUAAUUAAUUGACGAACUGUGGUCAGACACUGGUAGUAGCUUAGCCUGUCAGUUAGCAUUUCUUCAAAACAUUACAUACUAACAUAACUGCUAAUAUGUUUAGGAGGCUUGUUAGACUUCAGGGUCCUCUUGGAAAUAUCCUCUCUCCAGACAAAGUGUGCCCAAGAAGUCAUCAGUUUAGGUCUGCAGUGAAUUAUUCCUCAGCUUUAGCAGAAAAAGGAAGAUUUUAUAAAGAUGUCAGUAUAUCCCAAGGUGAAGGUGGUUUAUAUGAGAUAAACCUUGACCGAAGGAAAUUAAAAACUCCUGGAGGAAAGCUGUUCACAACUCCAAAUGAAGCCAUGGCCAUCGCUGUGGCAACAGAGUGGGAUGCUCAAAAGGACACACUGAAGUACUACUCAAUGCACCUGACUACUCUGUGCAACACAGCUCUGGACAAUCCCACCCAUCGUAACAAGGAGCAAAUGAUCACCGCUGCCCUGAAGUACCUGGAAACUGAUACCAUCUGUUACAGAGUAGAUGAGCCCCACAGUUUGGUCGAGUUACAGAAGAAUGAGUGGGACCCUGUGCUGCACUGGAUUGAAAACAGAUAUAAUGUAACUAUUGGAUCCUCGUCCAAUAUUUUGGGUCCUGAGAUCCCAAACUCAACCAAAGAUACGUUUCGGCAACACCUGAAAUCGUACAACUUCUGGUCCAUGACAGGGCUUGAGUUUGUGAUCACCCAGCUGAAGUCUGUUGUGCUGGCGAUCGGGAUGAUUGACAGACAUCUGAGUGUGGAACAGGCUGUGCUGCUCUCCAGGCUGGAGGAGGAAUACCAGAUUAAAUACUGGGGAAACGUGGAGUGGGCCCAUGACUAUGACAUGUAUGAGCUGAGGGCACGGACUGCUGCUGGAGCUCUUUUUGUUCACCUCUCGUCUGAAAGUUCAACGGUCAAACGCAAACUUAUGCAGGACUGAGAAGUGUGUGCCCUUAAACUGACAAUGCUUCAGUUUAUCCAUGCUUCUUUAUCCAUUCAGACAAACACACAUACACCCUGCUUGUUCUAUUUAGCAGUGACAGCUGCUGUGUCUGGGAUCUGUUAUAGAAUCAUCUCACUCCCGUGAAAAUAUUGGCUGUCUUUUUGCAGUUUAUACGUGGCAGCUGCCAAGUGUGCCACCCCUCACCGAGUUUCAAGCCGGUUCUCAGUCGCCCGUGACAUUUAGGGCACUGCGCAUGGUUUCAGGAGGAUAAUGACUAAUGCUGUUGUCUAUUUGGUGGAGGAAUGUUAACUCCAUGUAUGCCUUCUCUGUGUGCCACAUUUUAAUACUUAAAGGGCAUAUGCUAUGGACAUGCUCUGCAGUAGGAGCAACAGAUGACACACUGCAUUCCAAUAAUUUUCUGUCAUUUUGAUUUAUUCAUGUUUUAGGUAUUUUGGCUUUUUUUUGUGGUGACUAAUGAGGUGAAAGAUCAUGUACAUGGAUUAGUACCAUCUCCACUUCACAGUUCUGUUUCUUCAGAAAGUAGUAUUUAUGCAAAAAAGUAGCAUCCUCAUCCAGUAGUCAUUUUCACAUACAGAGCUAAAAGGUGUUUUUGUUUUCACAGCUUGAAAUAAAUUCAAACAAUGACUCGUGUUUGUCUGUGCCCUUUCCCUGUAAACAAAAUGUCAGUAAACUUUAUUGUGAAUAAAAACCCAAACAAUUGAAAA